GUUAUCGUCCUAUUGUUCCAGCUACGCCUGCUCAAACGUUCGUUUCUGUAUCGCCUUACCACUUGCCUCAAGCUGCCUUGCCUCCUUUCGAUACACCUCCUGCUUCUCCUUUCUCUCAACCAGUGCAUAAUUAUAAUGGGCAACCA